AUGUCUGAAACAAAUGCAAAGAAUCGAAAAAAAUUGAUGAAUCCACACAGUACUGGCAAAAAGUGUUUCGCUUUAGUUCGUAAUAACCUGGAGAAAGAUAAGGAGACAGUAUCAUCUAAGGAUCUCUUUGUGGUUACAAGAAUAAGAAAACCCGGGCGUUUUUACAAGGCUUCAAAUAAGGAUACUACAAGUAAAUUGUAUCAAAUGCAAGAGAGGAUGCAGAAAAUGGGGAAACAAAUGAAGGAAAAAAAGAAAAUUAUGCGACAAGUAGUUAUUGCAGUUGUUAUUGAACAACUUAAGCAUGAGGGAUUAAUUGAUCCUAACGUACUGGCACCAUUGUCCACUCCUUCACCAAGAGAAUCUACUUCUGUUCAACGAGAUGAACAAGCUAAUAAAAUCGAAGAAGACGAUGAAAGCAGUAGUGAAGACUUUACAUAG